ACCGGAAACGUGCGUUUGAAUCCCACACCUUGACAGCGCUGUUUCUCCACGUUGCGGUGUUUACCUGAUUAGAACCCAUAGAUUCGAACCUGUGAUGGACCCGUCCUGACCCUGUCUCCUCUCCCCCGGGGAACCACACGGACACAAACCACAUCAACGAUGGAGGACGGCCGCUGUGAUCCGGACGGGCCCUCUCAUCCUCGGGCUUUCCCAGGCGAAGAGGCCGGGCGGAGCGAGCCGCAGCCCGCGGAGCUCCGGGUCGACUUCCCGGUGUCCGUGGUUCUUCCCGCCGGCGGCACCGGGGAGAGAACCGGACUCUCAACCCCCAAACAGUUCUGCUCGGUCCUGGGUCGACCGCUCGUCAGCUUCACCGUCCAGGCGUUCGAGAGGGUGUCAUGGAUCCAGAGCGUCGUGGUCGUCGUUGCCAAAGAAAACAUGGAGCUGAUGACGGAUAUCGUCCAGCGCUUCCAGCACAGGAAGGUCCGGGUGGUGGCAGGCGGCUCCACUCGCCACAGGUCGAUCUGUAACGGCGUCCUGGCUCUGGGUGAGGAGGAGGAGGAGGAGGAGGGGAGGCCAGCGUCAGCGGACAGGCCGAAGGUCGUCAUCAUCCAUGACGCUGUGCGGCCUUUUGUCGAGGAGGAGUUUCUCUACAAGAUAGCCGUGGCUGCUAAGGAGCAUGGGGCCGCGGGCGCUAUCCGACCUCUUGUUUCCACGGUGAUAGCCACCACGUCAGAGGGUUACCUCGACCAUUCCCUGGAGCGAGGCAAGUACAGAGCCAGCGAGAUGCCUCAGGGAUUCACGUACAACGUCAUCCAUCAAGCCUAUCAGAGGUGCACUGAGUCAGACUUUGAGUUUGGCACCGAGUGUCUCCAUCUGGCUCUGCAGUACUGUGGCACCAACGCCAAGCUCAUCGAGGGGCCGCCAACGCUGUGGAAGGUGAGCGCGCCAGGAGCCUGGUUUGGGUCGGGGAUUCUGGAUCUGGUGACCUACAAACGGGAUUUGGCUGCAGCAGAGUCCAUUAUCAAAGAGUCUCUGUCUGGGUCGGCCUGUGUGAUCACGGGUGGAUCAGCCGGAGCUGUGACGCUGGCUGACGCUCUGCAGAAAGCUGCUGCAGCUCUGGACCUGGAGCUGGACGUGGUCUCAGAUCUGACGGGGGACAACGGCAGGUAUCUGUCAGAGGAAUGUAACUUCAUCCGGGUUUCUGUUAAUGGUUCCUGUUUGUCUGAAGUAAAAUCCUUCCUGAUGGAUUUGGAGGCAGCGAAUCGAGCUCUUCUUCACCCGCUGGUCGUCAUCUGGGUGCGUUUGUGCCGUCCGGAUGAGCCGGUGAUGCCAGAGCCAGCGGCAAUCAUGGACGUGGCCUCCGCCGCCAAGCUCAGGAAUAUUCUCCUCUACGGCAUCCGGCUCCACCAGUCAAAGGACCCCGAGCGUUGGGAGAGGUCAGUUUCGAGGGUCGCUGAGAUCACUUCAGCCCUGAUCCGGGAGAGGAGCCCCGCCUUGGUGGGACAGCUUCUGCAGGCGUGAAGGGAAGCAGCAGCAACAGAAAAUCCCCUCAUCAUGACUCACCGAUCCUGCAGGGAUGAGAUGGUCACAUGGCUUUUUUCUGAUCCGAGGGGCUCGGGGACUUUCGUGUCGAGUCGACGCAGCAGAGGUCCAGAUGUCCUCACUUUUCCUCCCAAGUGGGUGUCGAGCUCCAGAAACCCUGGAUCCUAGUCUUCCCAUGAUGCAACUCCACAGCUUCUGUUGUUAAACUCUGUUGCUCAAUCCCCAUUCCCCCCACCCACCCAAUUUGUACGAGCAAAACAAGACUUAUAUAACCAGAACGGCCCAACAGCCCUUUCAUUAUACAUCAAGCUGCACCAGCUUGUCAGAUUUCUUUCAAUGAGAUGAAUGAAUCGCUGGGAAAUCUGUGAAAACGUCAAAGAAAACAUCCAAUAUCGCAAUUUUAUAGAAAGUGAAAACAAAAGUCCUGCAUCUGACGCAGAUCUACAGCUAAAUGAAAUGGAAAUGGGUUGUGUAGUUUUUUGUGUAAUCCUGCAAACAAACAAAACAAACGCACACGAAAAGAAAACUGACAACACUACGUAAUGAUAUGAAAGUGUCUUCAGGGACGACCCCACCCUCGCAGAACUAUGUUUGUUCAUUCAACACUCAAGUGAGAAAAAAUAAACUGUAAAACUGCUUCAUCGGUGAAGUGAGGUACGUCAACGAGUCAUGUGAAUUUGGGGCGUCAAUAAAAACACCUGUAUUGUGAUGCUGAACAUUAACAUGUAAUAUAUAUUUUUUGUAUUCCAUUAAAACUGCUUGUUUUUUCA